GAAACGUUUGGUCUGGCGUAGUCCGGUUUCCAUUUUAGCAUUCAUUUCUACAUUUCCGAGUAUGAGUAAGAGCUUGAUUGCUUCAAAAAGACUGCCAAGUAAAGCAUUUAAGUCACCACUUCAGAAGACACAACUGAAAGCUAACACUGGACAAAAUGAACCAUGUGAAGAUGCUGUGCAGGAAUUGGAGAAGAAAUUACAGAAUAUUAAUGCCGACAUUUAUGAAUUAGAAAAAAGUGGUUUCAAGAUUGAAAUGCUUCAAACCCACAUAGAUAAGCUACACCAUUACAAUGAACUGAAGGACUAUGGACAGAUGAUUCUUGGCAGGAUAGCUGUUCUUGAGGGUGUUAGAACCAAAGAUCUUUAUCCCUGCUACAACCUUCAACUGGAUGACUAAAGAGGACAAUUGAUAAAAUAUAUAUUAAACAAAAUUAAUUAUGUUUUAAGUUAAUUUUCAUCAUCUUGUGAAAUAAAACUAAAAAAAACAA